GCAGAGUGCGAGUCAUUCAUCCGACCUCGAUUCCGCGCAGCCACAGGCGCGCUCCUCCGCUCACGCUCCGGCGAGCGUCACGAAGUUUUCUACAAGAGGUAAACUUGAGGAGUUACGUCUGAGUGAGCAUCGAUCCUUAAGAGAGAGAGCGAGAGAGGAGGGAGGAGAUCUCAUGGAGCACCUGAGCAAUGCUGACACUGGAGGAGGGCAGGAAGACUACCAAUCGCAGCAAAAGUCUAAGCGCUCACUCGAGUUUAAUGGCCUUCCUGAUGGCGGCGAGAAGUUGGUGACUGCUCUCUCUCAGUCGAACUGUGAUGGCCUGUUGGAGAUAAACCUUGAAUUUGCGCAAGGUGUGGAAGAUGAGCAUAUUUUAUUGAUUGCUGAGAAGGUUCACAGUCUGAAAAAGCUGAACUUAAACGCUUGUCAAAAGGUCACAGAUGCCGGUAUUUGUGCAGUAGCUAGUGCCAAUCCCAAUUUGGAGUCAUUUUCCAUCUACUGGAAUCUGAAAGUUACAGACAGCGGUGUGGAGCAUCUUGUUCGUGCAUGUCCUCACCUUUCUGAACUCAAUCUCAGUGGAUGCAAGAGUGUCACAGAUAAAACUUUGUACAUGGUGGCUGAUCAUUGUUCAAAUAUUCGAUCCCUGAACUUAACUCGGUGUUUGAAGCUCACCGAUGAAGGGCUGAUCAAGCUGCUCACUUCUUGCGAGAAUCUCACCGAAUUGUACCUCUACGCGAUACCGAAUUUCACCGAUAAAGCGUACGAGAAGUUCUCAAACACACCUCGGCUGAAACUUCUUGAUGUGUGUGGGGCACAGUUCCUUUCAGAUGUUGGGUUAGCAGGAAUCGCGGAGUGCACAUUGCUGGAAUCUCUCAACCUCACCUGGUGUGUCCGAGUUACAGAUAUUGGACUCAAAGCUCUGGCUCAGCAUUGCGUCUUUCUCGAGAGUCUUAGUUUGCAUGGUUUGCUAGGAGUCACCGAUGAUGGAAUUGAGGAAUUGUCCAAGUCAUGUAAAGACACUCUCCACACUCUGGAUGUCAACGGUUGUGUCAAUAUCAAGAGACGAUCAAAGGAUGAACUGCUGCAACUUUUCCCACUCUUGACCACUUUUGUUGUCCACACUUAGAAGUUUCAUUUAUUAUAUGGAAGGUUGAUCUGUAGAAGGCAUCAUACAGUCCACACAUCCCUCUAUGAGGUUUGUAGACGUCAAUGUAACGUGGACAGCUCACUGUUGGGUGUAGCGUAAACAUACGAAAUACAACCUACAUGAAAGUUGUUGCACCGAUUGUGGUUGUAACUUUA